AAAGGGGGCAAAGACACACACAUAGCAACACAAGACAAACCAAACCAGCAUGUCGGACGUGAAGGGCAAAGCAAAGAUGUUGGACACGCCGUUGCUUCGAUCGGCACUCAGCAAUCCUUCUGGAUGGCGCAAGGCGAAAACAGACGCGCUGCUGGCGGACGAGCGGUCAACCUCGUCGCUCGCGUCGCAAAUCGUCAACAGCGCUGCUGCAGUCGCAUUGACGUCGGCUCCUGCACGAGAGCCAUUGAAGGUCUAUCUGCGCAUGCGCCCAGUCGAGGGUGACACUGAGACUUGCAUUGACAUUUUGGAUUCUUCCACGGUGGGCGUUCAAGCACCUCCUACCUCGGCAUACUACAGGAGCGGCCAAGCACGGGCACUGGUCAAGUACAACUUCACCCACGUCUUUGACCAACGCGCAACACAGCGUCAAGUGUACGACACGACAACUUCGCGGCUUGUGCGCGACCUUGUCCAGGGCUACGACAGUCUGCUCUUCACCUACGGCAUCACCAAUGCCGGCAAGACUUACACCAUGCAGGGAACUCCGACCGAGCCCGGCAUUCUCGGACGCGUGCUCGACGUGGUGUUCAACAGCGUUCGCUCCCAGCAAGCCAGUCCCAUGACAAUCAAGCCAAACGGCACCAACGGAUUCACCUUGCAAAGCGAAGCCAAGGCAAUCGAAGAGCGCCGGCAAGCCAAGGCUAGUGCGCAGAAGAGCGGUCGACGCGUGCAGUUUGGUCAGGACAUUGUCCAUGAGAACGGCGCUGAUGGCGCGCGCCUUCUGUCAGACGGCACCGUGCUUGAGGUUGAUCCUGACUGUUGCUACACGGUCAUGGUUACCUACGCGGAGGUGUACAAUGAGCACUGCUACGAUCUGCUCGAAGAGGCGCCGGCCACAUCGUCCACGUUCAAGCGCACCUCGCGACCAAUUGCUCAAGACACGGCUCACAGUCGGUACAUUAAAGGGUUGCGCGAGGUUGAAGUGCGGUCGACCGAGGAGGCGUUUGAGCUCCUUCGUCUCGGUCAGCGCAAUCGCCAGGUCGCGUCAACUCAGCUCAACUACGAGUCGAGUCGCAGUCACUCCAUUUUCGGCAUCCGGCUGGUGUGUGUUCCUCUGGACGCCACUGGCGGUCAAGUUCUUCUCAAUCCAAAGUUUAUUCGCGUGAGCUCGCUCUCUCUCGUCGACCUCGCGGGGUCUGAACGCUGCGCGCGCACCAAGAACACUGGCCAGCGCUUGAUUGAGGCAGGCGCGAUCAACACGUCCCUGAUGGCGCUCAAUGCGUGCCUCAAUCAGUUGCGUGCCGUGCAACAGAGCGCAUCGGCUUCCUUGAACACCAGCAUGGUGCAGGACGUGGACAGUCCCGCAGCCACGCCCAAAAAAGUCAUCUACCGAGGCAGCAAGCUCACCCAUCUCUUCCAAAACUUUUUUGAAGGCCACGGCAAGGUGGCCAUGAUUGUGUGCGUCAACCCCGCGGCUGUGGAACACGACGAAACCAUCCAGGUGCUCAAGUUUUCGGACGUGGCGCAAGAUGUUAGCACGGUCGUUCAAACGCCCGUCAAGCACGACACUGGGUUGACUCCUGGACGAGGUGAGGCAAAUCGGCUCAUCAACAAGGCCAAAGCCGCCCUUCGCUUUGACGCUGCCGACGACGAAGACGAUGAGGAUGUUGAAACGGAGCGCGCAGCGUCCCAACGCCGCGCCGCUGCUACAUCGUCAUCAUCGGCCCUCAAACGUUCAGGCUCGUCUUCUUCCCUUGCCGCCACGAAUGCCGCAAGCUCCAGCAAGCGCACGUUUGACGAGAGUGAGAGCGAUGAGGGGUCUCCAGUUCGUGAGACGGAAGCGCGAAAGGCUCGUCGUACCGGCCAGCAGACUUCGCCAACUUCGACAGCGUCAAGCUCGGCAUGGAGCUCUGUCAGUGUUGGUCGCCCGUCAAUUGUCAUUGGAGACAUGACACGAGAUCUUCUCAGCGGAGAAGAAUCCCUCGACCGUCACGCAGCCCAACUUCGUGCUCAAGUUGACUUGUUGACGCGCAACUAUGAUUCCCACUUUAAGCAAGCCCAGAAGGUGAUUCAAGCUCAAGAACAAACGUACAGAAACACAAUGGAAGAGCGGGCACGUCAAGCGGAACUGCGCAUUCAAGAGCUGCAACGCUCGUUGGCUGAGAGUACGCAAGCCUUGACCGAGGCGCAUCAGAGCAGCCAAAUCCUCAACUCGAUGGUCAAGACGUUGGAGGAUACUUGCGCCGCUUUGAAGGAGCAAAACAAGCGCGUGCAGCAAGAACUCUUGCACAAGGAGCGUGCGCAGGAGGAAAUGCUUCAGCGCCUUGAGAUGCAGGAGCGAGAGAUUCGCCGAGGUGCCGCCGCCAAGGAGCAGGCCGAGGUGGAGAAUGCAGCAUUGAGCAAGGAGAUUCACUCGCUCGAGAUUGCGUUCAAGGAGCUCGAGGAGGAAAAGAAGCGCGAAAUGAACGAGCUGCGCUUGGCGGUCGUCGAGCGCAUCCAACAAGAAAAGGAAGGCUGGAAGCGAGAAAUGGAGUCGAGCAUGGUCAAGGAGCUCAGUGCCGUCGAGAGCCAGCUAUUCCUCGAGCGCGACCUCAAGACCAAGCUGAACAGCAAGCUCGACGAAAUCCGCCAUCUGCUCGAAGCGCCCAGCCAUCUGGAGCCUGUUCUGGAUCAAGUGCGUCUGCUCAAGCAAAACGGCGCUGCCGCAAAGCUAAACCAGAUUGCCGUGGCGGCUGUUUCAUCGUCCUCCUUGCUGGCCGGUGUCAGCGGGAACAACACUGCUAGUGGAAGCGUCGUCUCGCUGUCCAACGUGGGCAUCCGCGACCCGACCGUGUCGGAGCGCGAUCGCAAGAAAUCGGCGCCGCGUGUGCUCAACCACGUUCCGGACGGCACCAUUGAGCCCGACACGAUCAUGUCGCCCAUCAUUCCGAACAAGAAAACAACCGCCAGCCCAAGCCUGAAGAACAUGCUGACCAAGUUCACCAAGAAGGUCAAGACUCCGCAGUACGUUGUGCAUCACCAAGACAUUGAUGACAACAAGCGGCUGACCAGUAGCCUGUACAAGGGCACGGUGUCCAAGUCCAUCAGCUCGCAAGGCAUCUCUGUGCAGCUGACUGGCGUGGAGUCGCUGUCGGCAGGCUCUCCGCUCGAUCCUCCCGUGGCCUUCCCCGCGUCGGCUGUCGUGGCCACCGGCGAGGAUGCCCGCGAGUUGGCCGAAGCAAGGGCUGCUGAAACCGGCUCCCUUGGCGGCGAUAGCAUGUCCGUUCGCAGCUUUGGGGCCGACGACGACAGUGAUGACGAUGAAGAUAGCGACGAGUAUGAGAAUGGAGGCGACAAUGUCAGCGUAGCGAGUGUCGAGCUUCUUCGUGGCAAGUCCACUCGCCGAGACAGCACCGGCAGCGUGUCUUCCAUUUCCUCGACCAAGUCCAAGUCCGAGAGCAUUCGCGAAAAGUGCAGCGUUGGAGUUCAAGGAAAUGGAGCCAUGGCCCCAAGCAUUGUGCACACUUCGAACCGAACCCCAAAGAAGACGGGAUUCUUUUCCAAAAAGCACUAAGUGCAGGUUAAUCUUAUUCGAUUGAUUGACUGCACAAGUACAAUGUUAUGUGGAUGAUAGUGUGCCGAUGAGGCAGUGUUGAAAGAAAGUAUGAAAGUUGUGGAGCAUGGUUGAAAACGGUUGAAAAAUGGUUGAAAAAGUUGAAAUGAAAAACGUAU